GUUUAAGUCAUUAAGCCAUGUCAACUAUAGAGAAAGUGUCCAUUUUGGGUGCCGAAACCAUUCAUGUGGGGUACGGCAUCCAGGACCAUAUAGUUGAAGUUGUAAUUAACACCAAAGCUUCUUCAACUUAUGUGAUAAUUACCGAUACUAAUAUGGGAAGAACUGAACCAUUUAGUAAAUUAACUCAACUAUUUGCUAGUAAAUUAAAAGAAUUAAGGCCAGAAUCCAGACUUCUUCAAUAUCAAGUGUCACCAGGUGAAAAUAAUAAAAGUAGAGAAACCAAAGCGGCUGUAGAAGAUUAUUUAUUACAACAAGGAUGUACCAGAGAUACAGUAAUUUUAGCCGUUGGAGGUGGAGUUAUUGGAGAUAUGAUUGGAUUUGUUGCUGCUACAUUUAUGAGAGGGGUUAGAUAUGUUCAAGUUCCAACUACUUUACUUUCUAUGGUAGAUUCUUCAGUUGGUGGUAAAACAGCUAUUGAUACUCCAUUAGGUAAGAAUUUCGUCGGAGCCUUUUAUCAACCAGAAUAUGUAUUUGCUGAUGUAUCAUUUCUUAAGACAUUACCUACUAGACAAUUUAUUAAUGGGAUGGCUGAAGUUGUAAAGACUGCAGCUAUUUGGAAUGAAGAAGAAUUCACCAGAUUAGAGAAUUUCUCUAAGAAAUUCCUUGAAGUAGUUACAGCUAAAGUUCCUGAUAUUGAAUCAAUUAAACAUGAAUUGGUUAAAACAGUAUUGGAAUCCAUUCGGGUUAAGGCCGAAGUAGUUUCAUCCGAUGAAAAGGAAACUGGAUUAAGAAAUCUCUUAAAUUUCGGUCAUACAAUUGGUCAUGCUAUUGAAGCGGUAUUAACUCCCGAAGCUUUACAUGGAGAAUGUGUUUCUGUAGGUAUGAUUAAAGAAGCUGAAUUGGCAAGAUAUUUAGGUAUUUUAUCUCAAGUAGCCGUUGCCAGAUUAUCCAAAUGUUUAGUGGCUUAUGGAUUACCAGUAACCAUUGAUGAUAAAGAAUUCUUAAAGAAAGUUGGUAAUAAACGUCAUUAUGUUCAAUUAGAUACUUUAUUAAAGAAAAUGGCUAUUGAUAAGAAGAAUGAUGGUAGUAAAAUCAGAUGUGUAUUACUUGAAUCCAUUGGUAGAUGUUAUCAAUUGAAGGCUCAUCAAAUUAGUAAACAAGAUUUAGGAUUUGUAUUAACUGAUGAAGUGUUAGUUCAUCCAUUUAAGGAUCAGUCACUUAAAUCUUCUACUGUAAUCAUUCCUCCUGGAUCUAAAUCGAUUUCUAAUCGUGCCCUUAUUUUAGCUUCAUUAGGUAAAGGUACAGUUCGUAUUAAGAAUUUAUUACAUUCUGAUGAUACUAAACAUAUGUUGGAUGCUGUAACUGCGUUAGGAGGAGCCAAGAUAACUACUGAAGAUAAUGGAGAAACCAUUGUAGUUGAAGGUAAUGGAGGUAACUUUAUUGCUACUAAUGAACAAUUGUAUUUGGGUAAUGCCGGAACUGCUUCUAGAUUCUUGACUAGUGUGGCUACUUUGGUUAAACCUAAUAAGAAUUCAUUAGAUGAUGUUAUUUUAACAGGGAAUGCUCGUAUGCAACAAAGACCUAUUGGACCAUUGGUCGAUGCCUUAAGAGCCAAUGGAUCUCAAGUUCAAUACUUGAACAAUGAAGGAUCUUUACCAUUAGUUAUUAAGGCAGGAAGUGGUUUAAAGGGUGGAAGAAUUGAAUUGGCUGCCACUAUUUCUUCUCAAUAUGUUUCUUCAAUCUUAAUGUGUGCCCCCUAUGCCGAAGAAGAAGUUACACUUAAAUUAGUCGGUGGUAAACCAAUCUCAGUAUUGUAUAUUGAUAUGACUAUUGCUAUGAUGAAAUCCUUUGGGAUUGAAGUGAAGCAAUCACUCACUGAAGAAUACACUUAUAUUAUUCCAAAGGGCACUUAUCAGAAUCCUCAAGAAUAUGUAAUUGAAUCAGAUGCUUCAUCAGCAACUUAUCCUCUUGCGUUUGCUGCAUUAACUGGUACUUCAUGUACAGUUCCAAAUAUUGGAUCUUCAUCUUUACAAGGAGAUGCCAGAUUUGCCGUGGAUGUAUUAAAACCUAUGGGAUGUAUAGUGGAACAAUCAGCUACUUCUACUACAGUAACUGGACCUCCAUUGGGUCAUUUAAAACCUUUACCUCAUGUUGAUAUGGAACCAAUGACAGAUGCAUUUUUAACUGCAUCGGUAGUAGCAGCUGUUGCUUAUGAUGGAAAAAAUUCUACUGCCAUUACUGGUAUUGCUAAUCAAAGAGUUAAAGAAUGUGAUAGAAUUGCAGCUAUGGUUAAUGAAUUAGCCAAGUUCGGAGUUAAGGCCCACGAAUUACCGGAUGGAAUUGAAAUUCAAGGAGUUAAACUUGAACAAUUAGUUAAUCCUUCAACUGAAAAGAGAGGAAUUAAAAGUUAUGAUGAUCAUCGUGUGGCCAUGUCAUUUUCCUUAUUGGCCGGUCUUUGUAACCAACCCGUAUUAAUUCAAGAAAGAUCAUGUACUGGGAAGACAUGGCCAGGAUGGUGGGAUACCCUUCAUAGUCAAUUUAAUAUUCAACUUGAUGGUUAUGAAUUACCCUUUGAUGCUGAUGAUUCAUCUUUACUCAUUGAUAAACAUGCCAAUGGUGAUAAAUCCAUUAUAGUUAUUGGAAUGAGAGCAGCCGGUAAAUCAACAUUAUCCAAGUGGAUGGCUACAUUCCUUGGCUUUAAAUUCUUAGACUUAGAUGAUGUAUUUGAACAAAGAGUUGGCACUGAUAUUCGAACAUUUAUUAAACAAUAUGGAUGGGAAGAAUUCAGAAGUAAAGAAGCUGCUAUUGCUAAAGAAAUCUUUACUGAGAAAUCUCGGGGUUAUGUUAUAUCGACUGGAGGAGGAAUUGUUGAAGGAGAAGAUGCCAGAAAUACUUUAAAAGAUUAUACUAAACAAGGAGGAAUUGUAUUACAUUUACAUCGAGAUUUAGAUGAAACUGUAGUCUUCUUAUCGGCCGAUACGACUAGACCAGCCUAUGUUAAUGAAAUUAAAGAUGUUUGGAUUAGAAGAGAGAAUUGGUAUCAUGAAUGUUCCAAUUAUCAUUUCUAUUCUUCUCAUUGUGAUAAUGAAUUAGAAUUCAAACAUUUAAGAAAUUCGUUUAUUAGUUAUAUUAAAACCAUUACUGGUUUACAAGUAUCUGAAUUAUCUAGAAAGAGAUCGGCUGCUGUCUCAUUAACUUUUAAAGAUUUAAAUGAUGUAGCUGAACAUUUAGAAGAAAUAGCUGUUGGAAGUGAAGCCAUUGAGUUAAGAGUUGAUAGUUUAAACAAGUAUUCCAAGACCUUUGUGGCUGAUCAAACAGCUACUUUAAGAAAGUAUGUGAAUUUACCGAUCAUUUAUACUAUUCGUACUGAAUCUCAAGGUGGGUUGUUCCCUGAUCAUGAAGUUGAACAACUUGAAGAAUUACUCUUAUUGGGAAUUAAACUCGGAGUUGAAUACUUGGAUCUUCAAUCCAAUUAUCCUAAUUCACUUAUUGAGAAGAUCUUAGAGAGGAAAGCGUUUACUCGGAUAAUUAUUUCUCAUUAUGAUAAUACCGGAGUAUUGAAAUGGACUAAUGUAGAAUGGAAAAAUAAGUAUAAUCAAGCCGUAUCUUAUGGAGCUGAUAUAGUUAAAUUAGUGGGAACUGCUACUUCAUUUCAAGAUAAUUUGGAUUUAGAAGUAUUCCGGUCGGCUGCUAAUUUAAAACCAUUAAUUGCUAUAAAUCGAGGAGAACAAGGGAAAUUAUCUCGAGUAUUAAAUACAGUAUUUACUCCUGUAACUCAUGAUUUAAUCCCUAAACAAUCUACUAAUGGUUCAUCUGGAUUACUUAGUAUAAACCAAAUCAAUAAGGCUUAUGCCGAAAUUGGAGGAUUUACUCAAAAGAAGUUUUGGAUUGUUGGUAAACCAGUGGAUCAUUCAAGAUCUCCUAAUCUUCAUAAUGCCGGUUAUAAGAAAUUAAAUAUUCCUUAUACUUUUGAUAGAUUUGAAACUGAUGAUGCAUCACUUGCAGUUAAGAAAUUGAUUCAUGAGGAUAAGAAUUUCGGAGGGUUAGCCGUGACUAUGCCAUUGAAAUUAGAUAUUAUUAAACAUGUUGAUGAAUUAUCAGAGGCUGCUCAAUUGAUCGGGGCUGUUAAUACAGUCAUACGUUCAUCUAAUGAUCCAAAUAAAUUAUAUGGUGAUAAUACUGAUUGGGUAGGUAUUACUACAUCAUUUGCUAGACAUGGAGUUCCAAAUAUUGAGAAUUCUAAUGUCAAUGGAUUAGUUGUAGGUGGAGGAGGAACUUCUCGUGCUGCUGUUUAUGCCUUACAUGAUAUGGGAUGUAAAAUCAUUUAUAUGAUUAAUCGUACUUCAUCUAAGAUUAGAGAAAUUAAGGAAUCAUUCCCAGCUGAUUAUAAUAUUCAAAUCUUAGAAACCAUUGAACAAGUUGAAGCGGCUGCUUCUGUUUCUUUAGUAGUAUCAUGUGUUCCAGCCGAUAAACCAGUUGAUGAAACUUUACUUAAUAAAUUAGAAAGAUUCUUAUAUCAUGGUAGUACUACUAAGAAUGGAGGAUUUACUCCAACUCUUAUUGAAGCGGCCUAUAAGCCUAGAUUAACUCCAGUGAUGAGAAUUGCUCAUGAGAAAUAUCAAUGGAGUGUAAUUCCAGGCGUAGAGAUGUUAGUCAAUCAAGGUGAAAGACAAUUCCAACUUCAUACUGGUUUCACGCCUCCAUACAGAGUGAUUCAUGAUGCUGUUGUGGCUGAGUAGAGUAUUUAUGAGAAGUAUAUAGUUAAUAAAUGUCCCAAAUAGGAAGUGUUGUGCCAUACUUCGGAGUGGGUGCAAACUCCGAAGUUGCGCUUAAAAAAAUAUUUAAAAAAAGAAAUAAAUAAAUAAAAAUA